UACAAAAAACAGAUAGAAGAUUUGGUCUUUGUUCGACCAACAAGUGUCACAAUGGUCUCUACUGGUGUUGUAGUCUGUGUCAUGGCGCUGGUGUGUACCUGUUGCAUGUCCGAUUCUACUCAAUUCUCCGGUAGCGGAGACUUGUGGAAUCAGCAGAGGCAGCAGUCGGUGUAUGCUGUGGUUGGGUACGCAGGAGUGCAGGAGCAUCAGAAGAGGAAGAAGAUGCACAAGUCCAAAGUAAGCAUUGUGUCUGGGAAGUUGCCUGAACACGAGCGGAAGAUGCUGAAGUUUCUGGUCGAAAAUCCUUCUGGUCAACAUUUCGCUCAAGCACCGGAGCCAAAUAACCAAAACAUGGUCGUAUCUGUUUGGCAGGGUAAUGAAGCAUUGCAUGAAUCUAAUCAAGAACCACAACAACCAACCACAAUAUCUCCUGUGAGGGCUACUUGGGUAACUAGGUUUCCUGCUAGUAUAAUAUUUAAGAAAACAAUGUCUUCAGCAGGUCUGCCCAUCAAGAAAUUUGAGCGUCCAGUUGUUCCUCAGCGUCCAGAACCUCGAAUAUCUAGAGCUCCUGAAGUCAUUGAGCCUCCAACUGCUGAACCUAAAAUGACCAAUCCACCAACUAUUGACACUCUAAUGGAUGGGACACCAAUUGAGCGUCCAGCCACUGAGGCACCAACUGAUCUUCCAACUGAUUAUUUUCCGACUAGUGAGACCCCAACUGACAAGCUUCCAACUAGUGAGACCUCCAUUGAUGAGCUUCCAAAUGAUUACUUCCCGACUAAUGAGACCCCAACUGACAAGCUUCCAACUAGUGAGACCUCCAUUGAUGAGCUUCCAAAUGAUUACUUCCCGACUAAUGAGACCCCAACUGACAAGCUUCCAACUAGUGAGACCCCCGUUGAUGAACUUCCAAAUGAUUCCUUCCCGACUAGUGAGACCCUAACUGACGAGCUUCCAACCAGUGAGACCCCCAUUGAUGAGCUUCCAAAUGAUUACUUUCCGACAAGUGAGACCUUAAAUGAUGAGCUUCAGACUAGUGAGAACUCAACUAAUGAGCCUCCGAUUGAGACCCCAAAUGAAGAGACCAUCACCAAGUCAUUUCAAGAGCAAUACCCUCCUGCUGCCUUGAGCCCACAGCAUUCAGUGAGUUCUCAUGUGCCUCAGCCUCUUGCCAUUCCCACAGUUAUCGUUAGAGAGCCAGAAGCCCCACAGUCUGUCAUUGUUCAUUGCGGUGAGAGUUUGCUCCACCUGCAAGUGAAGAGGGACUUUUUUGGGACGGGCCAGCUGAUCGGUCCGUCAGACGUCACACUUGGUGGCUGUAGGCCAACGGGCCUCAGUUCUUCCUCUGACAUGUUGCUGUUUGAAACUGAACUGCACAAGUGUGGAAGUCGUGUUCAGAUGACUGACGACCUACUAGUUUAUAAAUUUACCCUGGCCUACACAGCAGUGUCCACUGAGGACUCCCUGAUUGUGAGAACACAUGAUGCUGUGGUCAAUAUUUCAUGUCAAUACCAGAGGUUGCAUAAUGUGAGCAGCAGUGGCCUAAUGCCAACCUGGCGUCCCUUCCACCAUACUAUGGCCUCUGAGGCAAGACUGGAUUUUUCUUUGAGGCUUAUGAAUGAUGACUGGGUGUCUGAGAGGACUUCAGGCAAAUAUUUAUUGGGGGACGUCAUGAACAUUGUAGCCUCAGUUCGUCAGUCCCGUCAUGCUCCUUUUCAUGUAUUUGUGGAAGACUGUGUGGCUUCACUAGGACCAGAAAGACAUGCUGAUCCUUCUUAUUUUCUCAUUGAGAAGCAUGGGUGUCUGUCUGACUCCAAGCUGAUCAACUCUCGUUCUCUCUUCAUGCCCACUACACAGGGUGGCAUGUUGAGAUUUCAGUUGGAGACCUUCAGGUUUGCUGGUGCCAGCCAGAGUUUGUUGUACAUAACAUGCACCCUUGUGGCGGUAUUGGACACCAGUAUACCAGAUGGCAUACAUAAAGCAUGCCAUUUCUCCAAAGAAAAGGACCGGUGGGUCAGUGCAAGUGGGAAUGAUGAGGUCUGUAGCUGCUGUGAAGCAGAAACAUGCCCACAGAGAAAGGCAAGAAGCCUUAACGAUUUUAAGCAGAGGUCUGUAGUACUAGGACCUAUCACUAUUCUGAAGAGGAUUCCAACCAAGGAAUAGUCCUGAGCUUUGAGUUUCCCAUGAUUUCAGGUGCAUGAGGGAAGAAAAUGUGUGAUUUCAUGACUGUAAUAAUAAAGUGUACAUUUGAUUCA